AUGACACUUUUCUACAACGGAUCCCUCCAGGAUGGCAUUGCUGCAGCAGUGAGAGACGCCAAAGCGGUUGUUUGCUUUGUCAGAGAUGACGAGGAAUUGAGCUCUCAAUGGGAGAAUGCUUAUUUUGGUGUUGAUGAGGUUGCGCAGGCACUCAAUGCCAAAGCAGUUGUAUUGCGCUUGACAGCGGGGUCGCAGGAAGCUGGAUUCCUGGCCUCUUUCUGUCCGAUCUCGAAGUUUCCGACUGUUGUACUUAUCAAGAAUGGCACGCUGAAGGAAUACAUCGGGCCAGAUAUCUCGAAAGAUGACUUCCGCAGUCGAUUGAUUGCAGCGUUGGAAAAUGGAAAUAUACCCAGUACUACACAUCAACCACAGGGCAAUGACACUCCCACCACCUCAAAUAAUAUUCCGCCGGUGUCGAUUGCCUCCCAACCCUUGCCUGAAGCGCCAUCCAAUACCAGCAACUCCGCAAAGCAAACAAGCGAAACUGCAAUCAAACAACAAUCGUCCCUUGAGCAAAUACCCAAGAAAGCUGCAGAGCCUGUCAAAUCAGCAGCUUCUGCGUCUCAAAAGCACCUAUCAUCCAAAGAAACCAGCAAUAAAGAUAUCAAAGGCAAAGCACCGAUGGGGUCUAAGAAACCCACUGACAAAGGCGCCGUAAAAAGCGAACGCCAAGAGCCAAAACCUGUAGUCCCUCGAGGACCCCCAACCGAGUAUCGGCUACAAGUGCGCCUGUUCGAUGGAAGCUCCGUGCGAUCUAGCUUUACGCCCAGUCAGAACAUACGAUAUGAUGUACGGGCUUGGCUUGAUCAGAAAAUGGAAGGCGAUAACCGACCCUACAACCUCAAGCAUAUAUUAACGCCCCUCCCCAGCGAAACCCUUUCUGUCACCCAAGAGUCCCAAACUCUCCGAGACUUAGGCCUUGGUUCCACCGCGAACCUGGUCAUGGUUCCUGUAUCAACAUACACGGAGGCUUAUUCUGCAUCAGGUAGUUUGCCCGUUCGUGGUAUCUAUGCCGUCUACAACCUGGCCUCUUCUGCUGCCAGCACUGCAAUAGGUCUUGUGGGUUCGUUUCUUGGAUAUGGCUCAACCGCACCAGCAACCGAUGCAACCGCCUCCUCGGCUUCUCCGGCUACUGGCAAUUCCCAACGACCUAGAACCAUAGCACCCAAUAUCCGCACGCUGCGGGACCAGCAAGAUGGACGUGGGAAUAAUCAGUUCUACAAUGGGAACCAGUUAAACUUCGAGCCACGGAAGAACCAGGAUGACAAGCAUAAAUAA